AUGUUUCAUUUACAUCUUCCUAUAAUAGAUUUUCAGAAAUCCGUGUCAUCUUCAACUGAAAUGACAUUUCUUGCAGCGUACGUAACACUCUUCUACGGGUUAAUCAAAUGGCAUAAUGUAGUGGCUCUGUCUUGUAUAUCUAAUGAACCAGUUUGCGGCAAUGAUGGAAAUACUUAUAAAACCAUCUGCCACCUGAGCCUCGCAAGGGCAAGAAACGAAGACCUGCUACCACUCCACGAAGGACACUGCCAAUUUACGAUUGAUGAAGUACCAACAUAUAGUAAUCUAGAAGAGAGUACCAAUCUCGGAAGAAGUAAAAAGGAAAAAAAAUAUAAUUCUUCUAAAAAUAAAAAGCUGAAAGACCCACGAGAAAUACUUCCUUGUCAUAGUAAUUGGUUUCCUGUUUGCGGUUCGGAUGGUAAUACUUAUCCAAAUAGAUGUACCGCUUUGUACGAAACGUUGAUAGAUCCAUCAUUAUAUGUGAUACACCCUGGUGAAUGUAAAAAAAAUGAAAAGCAAAGUAAUAAACUUUUUGGAAAAAAUAAAGAACCAAAUAAAUUUAAAAAGAGUAAAAAACAAAAUUUUAAAGACAUGACAGAAGAAAAAGAUGUAUCUAAGUUGAAUAAAAAACAAAAUUCAAAAGAUACGACAGAGGAAAGACAGGUUAAUAAAUUGGGUAAAAAACAAAAUUUAAAAGACACGACAGAAGAAAAGGCGGUCUCUAAUGGAGAUAAAAAACAAACUCUAAACGAUGCGACAGAAGAAAUAGAAGUUUGUUCUACUAACAGGUCACCUGUUUGCGGUUCCGAUGGAACAACUUAUCCUAACAAAUGCUACGCUUUGUACGCAACAUUGACAAAUCCAGAUCUAUAUGUAAAACAUUCUGGAUUUAUCAUCUGGACAACGUUAGCAGUAUCUAAUGGAAAUUUUUGGCCUUUUGAAUGUCCAUUCAAACAACCAAAGCUAUCACCGCAAUUAUGCGCAUCAGAUGGCAACACGUAUGGUACGCUUUGCGAGUUUAAAGCAGCUCAAACUUAUAAUCCCAGCUUAUAUGUGAUGCACAGAGGAAAAUGCAAACAUAUUAGAUUUACAACUACUACUAAUACACCUCGAAAGUGGAACCCUUUUUACCCUUUCGAAACACCUAAUUACGAAUGUACACACAAAUGUAUGACUACAACACGCAAACCUAAAAGAAAACGGCCCUCGACAACUAAAAGACGAACUCGAUCAACAACAACAGUACACGAGUCAUCGGAAUUGGAACCUUAUGAAGCUGAAUAUGAGUCAAUCGAAACAACAACAAAAAGUCCAAAGCUCACAACGAAACGACCAAAACACCAAACGCAGUUGCCUGAAUCACUAGAAAUAGAAACUUCUGAACCUCCUCAAGAUGGAUCAGCUGAGUCUUUUCAACAGUCAGAUGAAUCUGUUGGCAACAAUGAUGAAGACCCAACUGAAACCGUUAAAACAACAAAACCCGUUGACGAAGAUGAAGAAGGAUUUAUCCUCUGGACGUUAUUAGUUGUCUCUAAUGGAAAUUUUUGGCCUUUUGAAUGUCCAUUCAAAGAACAAAACCAUUCACCACAAUUAUGCUCAUCAGACGGAAUCACGUAUGGUACGCUUUGCGAGUUUAAAGCAGCUCAAAUUUAUAAUCCCACCUUAUUUGUAGUGCACAGAGGAAAAUGCAAACAUAUUAAAUUUACAACUACUACUAAUACACCUCGAAAGUGGAAUCCUUUUUAUCCUUUCGAAACAACUAAUUCCGAAUGUAAACACAAAUGUAUGACUACAACACGCAAACCUAAAAUAAAACGACCCUCGACAACGAAAAGACGAACUCGAUCAACAACAACAGUAUAUGAGUCAUCGGAAUCGGAAUCUUAUGAAGCUGAAUAUGAGUCAAUCGAAACAACAACAAAACGUCCUAAUACUACAACAAAAACACGGCCAAAACACCCAACACCGUUGCCUGAAUCACUGGAAAUAGAAACCUCUGAACCUCCUCAAUAUGGAUCAGCUGAGUCUGUUCAACAGCUGGAUGAAUCUGAUAGUAAAAAUGAUGAAAACCCAACUGAUACUGUCAAACCAACUGAACAUGAUGACGAAACUGAAAAAGGAACAUUGCUGUUGACAUUAGCUGUGUAUUGCUACGGAACAUUCUCCGUGAAUUGUCCACCACGCCAACAGUUCGGGGAACCUGAGGAAAUAUGCACAACUACAGGAAUAACCUACGAUAAUAUUUGUCAAUAUAAACUAGCAAAAAUGUUUAAUCCGUCCUUACUAAUAUUGUAUGUAGGAAAAUGUGAAAUUGAAAAUUAUAAUGAUAAUGAAUCCGAAGAGUAUGAUGUUGAGGAUGAAUAUGAGGAGGCGAGGAAAAAAAGAAGAAAUCGGAAUAAACCCAACAAAAAAGGCGGAAAGGGCAAAAACGGUAAAAACGGCCAGCGGCGAGGUAGGGACUACCAAUUUAAAAGUGCAAGAAUAGCUACAAUGAAGGUUACCUAACACUACAUUGUAUUAAAGGCUAGGUAUAUAUCCUACAAGCCGUUUUUCCGUGACUUCUCCCGCGUAUAUUAUAGCCUAUGUCAUCCUCCUACGAUAUAGUUCCCCUAGGUGAAAGAAAAUCAUAACAUAAAAUCGGUCCAGUUUCGAGGCCUAUUCGAAGUAAACAAACAAAAAAUCAUAUAUUUCCUGUUUAUAAUAUAUGUAUAGACUAGACAAGCAAAGAGCUCGACAAUAUUUUCAUAUAAAAAAAAAUGUGUGAUGGAGUAA